AUGGAGUCACCCGAUACAUUCACGCUCCUGCCGCUACAAAUCGAUCCAACCACAAAAGCCAUCUCCGCAAAUCCCUCGAGCAACGCGCUGAACACGGAACUCGCCGCCCUCAAUGCGCUUCACAAAGGCCUCCUCAAUGUAGGAACCCCGACUGGUACUCCGCCGCCGCCCGUCCCCGUAAACCCCACGCGCUCUGCACAAAUCGGCAAGCUACGCGAAUCCGGGAAUGCCGAGUUCCGCAAAGGAAACCACAGCCAAGCCGUCAAGUUGUACAGCCUCGCGAUCGAAAUGGCGCUCGGCCGACCGCACUGGGAGCCGUCAGGGCUGGUACGCGAAGAGGUGUCGGGCUUGCUGAGCAACCGCGCACAGGCGAAUAUGGCGCAGCAGAACUGGGCGGAGGGCGCGGUGGAUGCAGAAGCGAGCGUCGAGAUGAAGAAGGUGGGCAAUGCAAAGGGCUGGUGGAGGAGAGGGAAGUGUCUGCUGGAGAUGGGCAGGCUGGAUGAGGCAGAACAGUGGGUCAAGCAGGGGCUGGAGUUCGAGGCUACGGAGCAGGAUCUUGUGCAAUUGAAGCAAGAGAUCGAGAAGAGGAAGGAGGGUGGGAAGUAA